AAGUUAUUGUUUAUUAGUAUUAUUAUAAAAUAUUCUUAGCAAAAAUAAAAUGUCUUGCAAGUUUUGUGAGGCAGAUUCUAAUGAAGAGCAAAUACAGUGUGCAACUUGUAAAGGAAUGUGUCAUCCAUCAUGUUUGGAAUUGCCGAAACAUAUAAUACCUGUCGUUAGAACUUAUGACUGGCAAUGUAAUGACUGUAAAUAUUGUUAUGGCUGCCAUGAUAUAGAAAAUGAAAAACAGAUUUUGUUUUGUGAUAGAUGUGACAGAGGUUACCAUAUGUACUGUAUAAAACCUAAAAUGAAGAAAAAACCUAAAGGAGAUUGGUUUUGCCCAGUCUGCACUUCAGAAAAUGUAAUUAUUAAAACUGGAUUAAAGAGAGGCAGACCUCUUAAGGAUAAAAGUCUCAGCAAUCAAUUCAAACCACAAAAUAUAAAUGGUAAUGAUCUCACCAAUCAAUUUAAAUCUGACAAUAUAAAUGGAAGUGAUCUCACAAUAGAAACAGUAACCCAACCACAACAUACAAAUUUAAAUGAUACUACACAAAAAUAUGAUAACAGUGAUUUACAAAUAAUACGAGAAACAGAUAGUUGCGAUGAUUCACCACCAGAAAAAGUUGUUAAAGAAUCUGUUUCUGAAACAACUGACAGUCAGGUGAAAUCUUCCAAAAUAACUCCUGAGAUUCCAGUUGAACAUAUUGUAUCUAAAACAGACAUUAACUUGUUUGAAGCAGCAAAGAAAAAAAUGGAAAUUUUACUGGCAAUAGAUAAAGACAUGAGUCCACAAGAAGAUGGUAUCAAAACAAUUCGAAUGGGAGAUUUAGAAAUGGAGGCAUGGUACAAGUCACAAUAUCCACUUGAAUUUAACAAAUGUUCCAAACUGCAUAUUUGUGAAUUUUGUUUUGAUUAUAGCAAGACAGAGACUAUAUACAAAAGGCACAUGGCAAAAUGCAGUUUCCGUAAUCCGCCUGGUGAAGAAAUUUAUAGGAAAGAUAAACUGUCAGUUUUUGAAGUUGAUGGUCAAAAAGCAACUAAAUAUUGCCAAAAUCUUUGUUUGCUGGCAAAGUUGUUUUUAGAUCAUAAGACACUUUGGAUGGAUGUUGGGCCUUUUCUUUUCUAUAUAAUGACCUUUAAUGAUGAAACAGGUUGUCACAUCAUUGGAUAUUUUUCCAAGGAAAAGGUUUCAUUUCUUAACUACAAUGUUUCAUGUAUUUUGAUAAUGCCGAAUUACAUGAAGAAAGGAUAUGGUCAAAUGCUCAUUGAAUUUAGUUAUCUUUUAUCCCAAAAAGAAGGUAAAACUGGUUCCCCUGAAAGACCAUUAUCAGAUCUAGGACUAAUGUCUUAUAGAAAGUAUUGGGAAGAAAAACUAUUGCAAUAUUUAUUGGAAUAUAGUGAGGAUCAAAUAACUAUAAAAGGGCUCAGUGAAAUUAUGUCUAUUCAUCCAAGUGAUAUUGUAAGCACUCUUCAAUUUCUUGGAAUGCUAAAAUAUUGGAAAGGAAAACAUUUGAUAUUACUUCGCAAGGAAAUAAUCGACGAGUAUACUACUAAAGCUAAAUCAAGAGAAAACAAAGACAGGGUUAUUGAUCCUGUUUGUUUGGUGUGGACACCUAAGGUUUUCAAGUAAAAAUCUGGUUUAAUUGAAGAUGGCCAUUCUCAUUCGAUGUUGAAAUAUAAUUGUAAACUACACGUAAAACAAAACACAUAAUUAUUUGAUAUAAACCAGAGUUCUAUUUACAAGUUGAGUUACGUCACGAACUACUCGUCAGUUUCCUUUAAUUUUUUAAUUUUGUUAUAAAAGAUCUUGUAUUUAUUAUUUCUUAAAAAAAAGGAGAAAAAAAUCUGA